UAUGAUUCUGGUUUAGACGUCUGUGCCACUUGCCAUGAACAUGCUACCUGUGAGCAGAGAGAAGGGAAGAAGAUGUGUAUGUGCAAGUAUGGAUUUGCGGGCAAUGGGAGGACGCAGUGUGUCGAUAAAAAUGAGUGCCAGUUUGGAGCCACCGUGGUCUGUGGGAACCACACAUCUUGUCACAACACGCUCGGAGGCUUUUAUUGCAUCUGCCUAGAAGGAUACCGAGCCACAAACAACAACAAGACGUUCAUUCCCAAUGACGGCACGUUUUGCACAGACAUAGAUGAGUGUGAGGUUUCCGGCGUGUGCAGGCACGGAGGAUGGUGUGUGAACACCCAUGGGAGCUUUGAAUGCUACUGUAUGGAUGGAUACUUGCCAAAGAAUGGGCCCGAGCCUUUCCAUCCGACCAGAGAUGCCACGUCAUGCACAGAAAUAGACUGUGGCACCCCUCCUGAAGUCCCAGAUGGCUAUAUCAUAGGAAAUUAUACCUCUAGGCUUGGCAGUCAGGUUCGUUAUGCUUGCAAAGAAGGAUUUUUCAGUGUCCCAGAAGAUACAGUUUCAAGCUGUACACCCUUGGGCACCUGGGAGUCCCCAAAGUUAAAUUGCCAAGAGAUCAACUGUGGCCGCCCUCCGGAAAUGCAGCAUGCCAUCCUGGUGGGGAAUCACAGCUCCAAACUGGGCAGUGUGGCUCACUAUGUCUGUCAAGAGGGCUUUGAGAGCCCUGGAGGAAAGAUCACUUCUGUUUGCACAGAGAAAGGCACCUGGAGAGAAAGUACUUUGACAUGCAAAGAAAUAAUUACAGAAAUUAUUGAUGUAUCAGUGUUCAAUAACACCUGUGUGAGGUGGCAAAUAAACCCAGGAAGGAUAAACUCCAAGAUUGUCUAUGUGAUAUACAUAAAAGGACAACGGUUGGACCCUAUGGAGUCAGUUCAUGAGAAGACAGUCAACUUGACCACAGACAGCAGGACUCCAGAAGUGUGCCUAGAUUUGUACCAAGCCACCAACUAUACCAUGAGCAUUUCCACUGCCCCCCCCAGACGCUCUGUGCCAGCCACCAUUGGGUUCCAGACAGCUGAAGAAGAUGAUCUCCUAGAAGAUGAUGGAAUUUUCAAUAUUUCAAUAUUUAAUGAAGCUUGUUUGAAAUUGAACAGGCGUUCUAGGAAAGUUGGAUCAGAACGAACGUACCAAUUUAAAGUUCUGGGUCAAAGGUGGUAUCUGAAUAAUUUUUAUCACGUAACAUCAUUUAACUUCACGACGAGGGAAAGAACUCCAGUAGUGUGUUUAGAUCUGUACCCAGCAACUGAUUACACCGUGAAUAUCACCCUAUUGGGAUCUGCAGAGCAGCACUCAGUGCAAAUGACGAUAACCACCGCACCAGCAGUGAAACAGACCAUUGGUAACAUUUCAAUAGUUAAUGAAACCUGCUUGAGAUGGAGAAGUAUGAUGACGGCUGAUAUAGAAGAGAUGUAUCUAUUCCACAUUCAGGGCCAGAGAUGGUAUCAGAAGGAAUUUGCCCAGGAAAUGAUCUUUAAUAUCACUACCAGCAGCCAGACCCCUGAGAUCUGCCUGUACCUGCAUCCGGGUACCAACUACAGUAUCAGCGUCCAGGCUUUGUCUUCUGAACUUCCUGUGGUCGUCUCCCUGACAACCCAGAUAACAGAGCCUCCCCUUCCAGAAGUAGACUUUUUCACAGUGCAUGGAGGGCUUCUACCACGCCUGAGACUGAGGAAAGCCAAGGAGAGAAAUGGACCCAUCAGUUCAUAUCAGGUGAUAGUGCUUCCUCUGGCCUUCCAAAGCACAUUUUCUUGUGAUUCUGAAGGGGCUACCUCGUUCUUCAGCAAUGCUUCUGAUGCUAAUGGAUAUGUGGCUGCAGAACUACUGGCCAAAGAUGUUCCAGAUGAUGCCAUGGAGAUAGCUAUUGGAGACAGGCUGUACUACGGGAAAUACUAUAAUGCCCCCUUGAAAACAGGCAAUGAUUACUGCAUUAUAUUACGAAUCACAAGUGAAUGGAAUAAGAUGAGAAGAUACUCCUGUGCAGUUUGGGCUCAGGUGAAAGAUUCUUCACUCACGCUAGAGCAGAUGGUGGGCGUUGGGCUGGGCUCCGUGGCUGCUGUGAUUGUUCUCGCAUUCCUCUCCUUCUCAGCAGUGUGACUGCAGAUGGGCGCUACGUGAGAAGGAUGCACUGCUGCUGGGACAGAUGUUAUGACAGCUUCUCAGGUGCCUGCACAGAGGCCCCAUGUGGCUUCCAUCCAAGUGUGUAUGUGAACCUGAAACUUUCCCCAUUUCCAGCUUGGCCCCAUUCUUGGAU